AUGUGGGCGUCGGCGAGAAGGCGCCCCUACGAACGAUUUGACACCCGAUCGAAAUCCGUACCGCCCGCCAGCCUCUCAGCACCGACAGAGCCAAGCUCGGAGCCGAUAGCUGUCCUGCCCUCAGCCUCGUCCGGCGCAGCAUCUUCGCUGUCGCCCAUACAGGCCUUUCACAGAUUCGAACAGGCAUGCCAACGCCUGCGGUGGAAAUACAUCGAUCUCGAGUCCUCAUACCAGCGUGCGCUGUCGCCGCAAGACUACGGCUUCUCGACUCAAGACGCAGAGGUCAACUUCAAAGUUGACUUCCACGAGUUCUACGUCCGCAUCGAACAGGCGCUGGUGUUUGUCCUCCUCGUUUUCGGCAUCACCGUUCCCCGCGGUACCGGCGGACCGAGAAGCCAGGCGGCGCAUACAUAUCAUCAUAACGUGCUCAAGACGCUGGAAGAGGAGGGCAAUCCGCUGCACGAGGCUCUGGGACGAGGGGAUGUCAAUCAUGCGCUGUGGAAGGCAAAAGAGCUACGGAAUCGGUGGAAGGAUGCGGCUGAAGGGAGGGAGACGCCGCCGCUCAAGAUGUACGAUUUGACGUGGAUCGUCAGACAAGUGCUUAGUGGCCUGGAGGUGUCAUAUGGUAUUGCGGCGGGGAGGAUUGAACAGCUCAGGAUAGAGGGGGAUGGGCUUGCUGAGAAUGGAGGCGCAAGUGGUGGCAUUGAUAAUGAUGGCGAUAGCUGGGAGUGGAUGGUAGAGAUGGAUUGGGAGGCAUAA